CCAGAAUUAAACAUAGCAAAAUUUCUUAGGAAAGCAAGUAACUUUUUCACUCCAAUGACAAAUGACAUGAAAAUAUACUGCACAAUCACUCUCAAAUACAAUAUUGUCCCCUGAACAAAAUCUAUAAUGAAAUGGGUUUCUUUAGUUUUAUCCAGUGUGUAUAGCUUCUUCAUGCUGUCAAGAGAGGCAAUCAAGUUUUGGGUUCUAUGGACAAAUCUUUGUUUACAAUAUUUGUCUUAUUAGCAUGAGCACUUCGUUCGCUGUCUGAUCGAGCCAGAAAAAUAUCAACUCUAAAUACUGGAAGGGCAUUAGGGCAAAAAAAAAAUUUUUUUAGCCAACUUGCUUCUCAUGCAAGCUGUAACUGUAAACUACUAGCUCAAAAGUCAUUUUCACAACCCCCCCUCCCCCCACCCCCAAAAUUACAUCUCUUAUAGUGCUUCUGUUAUUUGAGUUUUCUCACAAAUUUUUCAAAGAAAUCUUACUUGCCUGUUAGGCGAGUGAGGGACAGAAUGCAUUAGCACGACUGGAAAAUAGACUGGCCUCGGGCUAUUUGGACGUGACUUUCUUUGCACGCUGGGGCAUGCAUGACACGUUUGACUGUCCUAAGGAAUUUUAGCAAAAUAUAUUCAGGAUAAUGAUACUUAAGUAAUAAUUAUUUUAUGAUAUGGGUUUGAGAAACUUACAAUUUUUCAUUCAGUGUAUAGGAUCAUUAGCUGUGCUUUUGCCUCUCAAGACAUUUGCAGUUUUCUUUAAAGGCAGCAUCUUCAAUAUUACACCCAAAGAGCUAAACAUUUCACAAAUUACCAAGUUUUAGAAGCUCUAUACUGCUUGGAGUUCUUUUUCCAAUCAUGGAGGCUUCUCUCUACAAAGACAUAAGCUAAUGAGGCAAAAUGUAAGCAGUGGCAUAGGCAAAGAUCUCUUAUAUUUUCCUAAACAUUCUCAUCCGCAGAGGCAGUACUCCUUUCGGUCAGCACCAAGAAUCGCAGCCUCUGGGCCAGUCCAACACUGAAAGUCCACGAUUCAUGGACGUAACACCAAAUUUGGCAAAUCUGAUUGGCUGAGAAUAUGAAAUGAAUACUCUGCGCAUGCUCAGAAAAUUGGGUCAGGCCAGAGGUCCCGAUUCUUGGUGCUGACCAAAAGAAGCACGGCCUCUGGGGACGAGGAUGUUUCCAAAAUUGAAAUACAUGCUCUAAAUGUUGAAGCUACAAUUAACACCAUUGUCAUGAACUGUCAUGUUAACAGGAAACUUGCCGAUGUGACAAGAAACAACAAGUUAGACAUUGCCGAAUUUGCUGUAGCCAUGCAUCUUAUUCAGAGUCGUCUAAAAGGCACUGAUAUUCCUCUCAAGCUGCCACAGACUCUGACUCCAACGCAUCUACCUCAUGUGAACAUUCCUGCAGUGACCGACGAGGAGAAAGCAGUGUAUGAGAAAGCUUUCAUGUGGAAAAAUAAUGAGAAGACAGGAUAUAUUGAUGCUGAAACAGCCUGUUCUAUUCUUACUGGGUCUGAACUUCCAGAGGAUGUUCUGGCAAGAAUUUGGAACUUAGCUGAUAUUGACCGCGAUGGAAAACUCUCUCUUGAAGAAUUUUUCAUAGCACUUCAUUUAGCAAGAUUUUCUAAGCAAGGUAACUCACUUGAAGGGAGCUUAAAUGCAAGGUCAAUUCUUAGCCAGCAGGUAAAUCAAUUUUCAUAUCCUUUCUUUUUUGCAAGUACCUUAAAACUGCUUGAAGGGCUGUCAGCAGACAAAGUGCAAUUUCUUCACAGCCAAGACACACAGCCGGUUAAAAAGCUCGAUGUUUCCUCUCCUGGCAGACUUGUCAUUCCGGACUUUAAUCAGCACAGUUUCACCAUAGAGGUCAAAGAACUGACCCCAGCUUCAACAAAAGUGGAGAAACGCAAAACUGAAGAGUGGAUAACACAGGUAGCUACUCAGGAAGAAGUCAGAUCACAACCGCCACUUCACGCUAACAGGCUGUCAGCAGACAAAGUGCAAUUUCUUCACAGCCAAGACACACAGCCGGUUAAAAAGCUCGAUCUUCACAGCCAAGACACACAGCCGGUUAAAAAGCUCGAUGGUUUUACUCCAGGCAAUCUUGUCAUCUGUAAUUAUAAUGAACCUUAUUCUGAGGUAGUGGAUGUAGAACCUGUCUUAAAUGGGGGACGAAGGACCGCUGAUCUUUGGAAUAUUCAUUCUUUGUCAUACGAAGAACAGCGGAAUUCAACAAUGCCAGUAGGAAGCAAGAAAUUGUCAAGAGAUAGUGUUGAAUCGGUCGCUACACAUGAAGAGUCUUUGAACACUCGGAAUGGACGAGUGCCUGGGAAACUGGUGGUUCACGAUUUUAAUGAGAAGAAUUCUUUGGCUUGCGAAAAUAAUGUAACUGAAAGUAUACCGCUUCGUAAAGGCACGAGGGGGAAUGUCGAUGUAUGGAUAACCCAGUCUAAUAAAUAUGGAGAGGAAAGAUCAGAAUUGCGAAAUUCGAUAGGAAAGCUUUCAGGGGAUAAAGUGAAAUUUCUUCACACACGAGAUGUGCAGCCAGCUGUCACGAUAGAUAGUUCUUUGCAACAUGGCAAUCGAGUCACUCCCGAUAAUAGUCACCAUCACCAAAAUGUUUCUUUUGAAGUACUGAGAAUUGUUUCCUCUGGAAAGGAACAGAAACCCAAGUCGACCACGACAAGAACACAAGUACUCCGAUUAGAAGAACCAGCUGCAAGAGAAAGUCGGUCUGCUGAUAGAGUAGAUUUCAGUCUCUCCCAAAGUGGACAGGGCGCUGAGAGGUACGAGAGUGUUUCACUUGGCAAGAUUGUCAUUCCAGAUUCGAAGCAGCACAGUUUUUCUGUGAAUAUACAACAAUAUUCUCCUGGUUUAGAGACAGAGAAACGGAAUUCCCAACAAUGGAUGACGCAAACUGGAACACACGGAGAACCACCAUCGAAACUGACCCAUGGGUCUAGUGGGAAGGUACAGGCUUAUUCCACAUACACAGAGGCAGCUACAGCACUGGAUGGCUCAACCCCUGGAGGAGUGGUAAUUGUCGAUGUUCAUCACAGUCAGGACAGAUCUUCCUCACAAGUACAAGAAGUGAUCCCUCCUUCAACAGUGAAGGAAAAUAAUACUGAACAGUGGACAACCCAGAUCAUAACACACGAAGGAUUCCAAUCGGAAGGGCCCGGAACAAUUCAGUUUCUUGACAAUCACAAAGGGCAUCCAAUCACCACAUCUGACAGUGUCUCGUCUGCUAAUGCAACCGUUGCUCCUGGCUUUCAGCACAGUUUUUCUAUACAAAGGCAAGAUGGAAAACACAUCGAUGAAGAGUUGAUCCAAAGACAGACCACGACAAGGUUGCGAGCGGACGAAGUACAGUUUGUAAACUCAGGGGAAGGGCAGCAGGUUAUAACGUUAGAUGGCUCUUCCGACGGUACUGUUGUCAUUCCUAUACAAAUAGAGCAUGUUUUGUCGCCUGCAAACGUCCAGAUACGUAAUAGUUAGGACCCUGAUAAGUCUCAACAUAUACAAAGACAACUAAGAAGACCACCAAGUUUGAUCGCAUUGCCAAGCCAAGAUGUUCAAUGCAGAACAGUGAAUAAUCAGUUACAACGUUACAUUUAUACGCUCGAGCAGCAAGAAGUUGUUUAGCACGGAUUUCACACGCUGCUUAUCAGAGAAAAAAUAUUAAGCUGUGAAUGAAGUAUUAAUUUACAAUUUUUUUUUAAAUCAAUUGAUCACUGGAACUGAAAUAGGAAAUAAUUCGAAUUUUUGUGCAAGUUAGCAAGAAGAAGCAGAAAUACGUCAUGUAUGAAACUAAUAUUUAGGUAAAAAUUGGCGGCAACAGCACGUUUGUACAUUCCCAGAUCAGUAAGGAUCACAAAUGAAGCCUUCACUAUUGAUCUGAGUUCCAUAGCUUCUCCUAAAGCACUUUAAAGUUUUAGACAGUGCGUUACUUAUUAAGUUUAUCAAAAGCUUGAAUUCUGCCGCGGUUUUGAAUGUUCUAAUGUUUUGGCAUCAGAGUUAGAAUCUCUAAUCCCAGUGUAGCUAUUGCACUUUCAGUCUUAGAAGCCUAAAAUGGCAUUGUCAAGAUGUAAAUAGAAAUAUAGGUAUUUAAGAACUUAGAAGCGUUUUAGCUUCAAAGAUAAAAUCAUAGCAAAGACUGCUUUGGCAGACAAGAUGUCAGCAUAUCACAUUUUGUUGGCGAUCAAAAUUUUCUCUUAAUUAAAGCUAAAAAUAUUUCAAGAAAGUAACAGCAGUUCGAAAAACCGUUUGUCUUUUUUCCAGUCUAAAUACCUCUCUUUUAUAUCAAGUCUCCUUCAGAAGUUGUUUGAGCCGUAACACAACACUUCUCUAACUCAGCAUUGCGUGAGGCCAAAGACACUUGGGUCAGAUCAGAACAUUAAUUGCAAAUCUUACUUUGAUAAUUGAUAUAAUAGUAAAACAUUCGUGGACAAUC